UAUUCUCAUUCUCUUGAUUUUAAAUUCGAUUCGACCGAGCAGCAAGGAGCAGCGAUAUUUUUCUGAAGCGGCGUGACGGUGGCUUUUUUUUAAUUUAAUACAUUUCACUGGAAAAUAAAUCUUUGUAUAAACAGUGAUUUUUAAAAAGAAAUAAGUGGACAAUUUUUUUCCGGAAUACUUUCCUGGUGUGUAAAACACCUGAAAGUCAUCAGUGCGCGAGUGUUGUAAGAGGCGCUGGUGUACCUGGCUAGCGCUCCCUGUGGCAGUAGAAGCUCAAAUUUGCUGCCAACCAGCCAAAAUUUGUGUAGGCUGGAUUAUUUGAGUGGACACCAAACAAGUGCAAUUAUUUCUACAUGCAUUUACAAGUGUACUAAUUGUGUUUUUAACUCAUUUAAUCAAAAUACUUAAUUUAUAUAGUACAAAAGCAAAAAUGAAUGCUUCUGAAUUGACGACUGCGCUGCUGUGCUGUGGAAUUUUUUUCAUCAGCUUAACCAUACGGAGUGCGUCUGCAGAUUCAUAUAGUGACUACUUCUCUGAUUAUGAUUGCAAUCAGCCACUUAUGGAGCAUGCCGUCCUGACGGCCACUUCAUCAUUGAACGAUCGUGGACCCGAGAAGGCACGCCUUAACGCCGGUACUUCUUGGUCCGCUAAAAAUUCCGAUUUUGAUCAGCGACUUAUCAUCGAUUUGGGUUAUGUAAGAAAUGUGACACACAUCGCGCUGCAAGGACGACCGCACAGCGAUGAAUUUGUCACUGAGUAUACCAUUAGUUAUGGCAUAACAGACCUGGAAUUCGCCGAUUACAAAGAACCAGGUGGCAACAUAAAGAUGUUCAAGGGCAAUUCCGAUGGCAAUUCCAUACACUAUAAUGUUUUCGAGGUGCCUAUCAUUGCUCAAUGGGUGCGCAUCAAUCCAACACGCUGGCACGAUCGGAUCUCGAUGCGUGUUGAACUCUAUGGCUGCGAUUAUGUCGCUGAAAAUUUAUACUUCAAUGGCACCGGUUUGGUCACUUAUGAUCUGCAAUAUGAGCCGGUUGCUUCCACACGCGAGUCAAUACGUUUCCGCUUCAAAACCGCAUUCGCCAAUGGCGUGCUCAUGUAUUCACGCGGCACACAGGGCGACUAUUUCGCCUUGCAAUUGAAGGAUAAUAAAAUGAUAUUGAAUUUGGAUUUGGGCAGCAGUUUGAUGACUUCGCUUUCGGUUGGCAGUUUGUUGGAUGAUAAUGUUUGGCAUGAUGUGGUGAUAUCACGCAAUCGACGCGAUAUCAUCUUCUCUGUGGAUCGUGUUAUUGUGCGUGGGCGCAUUAAGGGCGAGUUUACGCGGCUGAAUUUGAAUCGUGCGCUGUACUUAGGUGGCGUACCCAAUGUCCAGGAAGGUAUUAUGGUGACGCAGAAUUUCACUGGCUGCAUGGAGAACUUGUUCAUCAACUCUACAAAUUUCGUGCGUGCGAUGAAGGAUAGCUUCGAGUAUGGUGAUGCAUAUCGCUAUACCAAAUACCACACCGUUUAUGCCUGCCCAUCGCCACCUAUUUACCCAGUCACUUUCACCACGCGCGCCUCCUAUGUGCGCAUAAAAGGCUAUGAGGGACAAAACUCAAUGAAUGUCUCUUUCUACUUCCGCACGUACGAGGACAGGGGUGUAAUGCUGCAUCAUGAGUUUGCCUCAGGUGGCUACAUCCGCGUAUUUUUGGAAUAUGGAAAAGUAAAACUGGAUAUGAAACUUGCCGAUAAGCCACGCAUUAUACUGGACAAUUAUGAUGAACAGUUCAACGAUGGAAAAUGGCAUUCGUUCGUAUUGACAAUUGCGCGCAAUCGCUUGGUGCUCGAUAUCGAUCAACGUCCCAUGACGACCACGAAGAAUAUACAAAUCUCCACCGGAAAAGUUUACUACAUCGCGGGCGGUGUAGAUAAAAAUGGCUUCGUGGGUUGCAUGCGUCUGAUAUUGGUUGAUGGAAAUUACAAAUUACCAAAGGAUUGGGUGCAAGGGGAAGAGGUGUGUUGUGGCGAUGAGGUGGUAGUGGAUGCCUGUCAAAUGAUUGAUCGUUGCAAUCCAAAUCCAUGCCAACAUAGUGGUGUUUGCCACCAGAAUUCAAUGGAAUUCUUCUGUGAUUGUGCCAGUACAGGCUAUGCGGGCGCAGUUUGUCAUACUUCGAAUAAUCCUUUGUCAUGCCAAGCUUACAAGAACGUUGGUCAUGUGCACCAGCGCGUCAAUUUGAAAAUCGAUGUUGAUGGCAGUGGGCCAUUGGAACCGUUCCCUGUUACUUGCGAAUUCUAUUCUGAUGGACGCGUUAUAACAACACUCAGUCACAGCCAAGAGCAUACAACAACUGUGGAUGGCUUCCAGGAGCCUGGCUCAUUCGAACAAAAUAUCAUCUAUGAUGCAAAUAUGCUACAAAUUGAAGCUUUGCUCAAUCGUUCACACACAUGCUGGCAGCGAUUGAGUUACUCCUGCCGUUCGUCGCGCCUCUUCAAUUCACCUUCUGAAGCUGGUAAUUUCCGUCCAUUCUCCUGGUGGGUAUCGCGUCACAAUCAACCGAUGGACUACUGGGCUGGCGCAUUGCCUGGCUCCCGUAAAUGUGAAUGUGGCAUACUCGGCAAGUGUCACGACCCAACAAAGUGGUGCAAUUGCGAUUCUAAUAGUCUUGAGUGGACUGAGGAUGGUGGCGAUAUACGCGAGAAGGAGCACUUGCCAGUACGUGCAGUGAAGUUCGGUGAUACUGGCACGCCGCUUGAUGAGAAACAGGGACGUUACACCCUGGGUCCGCUGCGUUGUGAGGGUGAUGACCUCUUCACCAACGUUGUGACAUUCCGCAUUGCAGAUGCCACCAUCAACUUGCCGCCGUUCGAUAUGGGCCAUUCCGGUGAUAUAUAUUUGGAAUUCAGGACGACGCAAGAGAAUGCUGUACUCUUCCACGCGACUGGACCGACCGAUUAUAUAAAAUUGAGUAUAAAUGGCGGCAAUAAGUUGCAGUUCCAAUAUCAAGCAGGCAGCGGGCCACUUGGCGUGAAUGUUGGCACAAGCUAUCACUUAAAUGACAAUGAGUGGCACACUGUGAGUGUGGAACGCAAUCGCAAGGAAGCGCGUCUCGUUGUUGAUGGUUCCAUCAAAGCGGAGGUACGUGAGCCGCCAGGUCCCGUACGCGCCUUGCAUCUCACCUCAGAUUUAGUUAUUGGCGCCACCACCGAGUAUCGUGACGGCUAUGUGGGCUGCAUACGUGCCUUAUUACUCAAUGGAAAAAUGGUAGAUCUGAAGCAAUAUGCGCUGCGUGGUCUGUAUGGCGUGAGCGCCGAUUGUGUGGGCCGCUGCGAGUCCAGUCCAUGUCUGAACAAUGGUACAUGCAUAGAACGCUAUGAUGGCUACUCGUGCGAUUGCCGUUGGAGUGCAUUUAAGGGACCUAUUUGUGCAGAUGAAAUUGGCGUUAACUUGCGCACUAGCUCCAUCAUUCGCUACGAGUUCGAGGGCUCUUUCCGUUCGACAAUUGCAGAAAAUAUACGCGUUGGCUUCACAACUACCAUACCCAAAGGUUUCUUACUCGGUUUCUCCUCGAAUCUGACAGGCGAAUAUUUGACCAUUCAAAUAUCGAACUCAGGUCAUUUGCGUUGUGUAUUCGAUUUUGGUUUUGAGCGGCAGGAAAUUAUAUUCCCCAAAAAACAUUUCGGCUUGGGACAAUACCACGAUGUGCGCUUCUCGCGUAAAAACAGCGGCUCGACAGUCGUCCUUACGGUGGACAAUUACGAGCCAGUCGAGUACAACUUCGACAUAAAAGCGAGUGCGGAUGCACAAUUCAAUAAUAUACAAUAUAUGUACAUCGGUAAAAAUGAAUCGAUGACAGAUGGUUUCGUCGGUUGUGUGUCACGAGUGCAGUUCGAUGAUAUUUAUCCAUUGAAAUUGAUGUUCCAACAGAAUCCGCCAGCAAAUGUGAAAUCAUUAGGAACUCAAUUGACCGAAGACUUUUGCGGCGUGGAGCCGGUCACACAUCCGCCCAUCGAAGAUGAAACUCGCCCUCCACCGCUGGUCGACGAAGAUAAAUUGCGCAAGGCAUAUGGUGGUUUUUCCAUUAUACUUGGUUUUAUAUUGGCUAUACUACUUUUGCUACUGUUGCUUAUGCUAUUCCUGAUUGGCCGCUACGUGCACCGUCAUAAAGGUGACUACCUAACGCAUGAAGACGAAGGCGCCGUCAAUGCUGACGAUCCCGAUGAAGCAGUGUUGCAUUCAAGAACUGGUCAUCAAGUUACAAAGCGAAAAGAAUGGUUCAUAUAGUUCGGUAUGCAGCAUGCAGGCAAUUGGAGCGCAUAGUCAUCAUCGCAAAAGCUAUAGCUCUCUAUACAGUCUGCUGCAACUUUACAUUUUAGCAACUACAACGCUCGCAUGCGUACGCACCCACACACAUACACACACGAAUAAGAAGUUGUUGAAUUCUUUUAAAAUCACAAAUCGAAGUAGAGUAUCGUAAAAUAUUAUAUAUAUAUUUUACAUACAUAUUUACAAAUACAUAUAUUGAUUGUAUUAAGCAUUACGCGGAUGAGGACGACGUGGACAUUGGAAAAAAAAAACGAGAAAAAUUAAGGGGGAAACGCAAACGAAACUGAAAACGAACAAAGAAGCGCUGACAUUUUUUAAAAUUAAAAUCGCAUUAGAAGAAACUAUGAAAGGAAUUGUGAAGCGAAACUUUUAAAGGAUGAAAAAAAAAA